AUGCCAAAUAAAGUAUUUGAUAUCGAAAGCAAAGAAUUAGACUCAACUAUCAAUCAAUUGAUAGAUAAUUUGGUCAAUAUUAAAGAUCAUACUGGUCAAUUUUUGAUGACCAUUCCUGAUGGUAGAAUCAUCGACACCAAAGGUUGGAUCACUGGUUGGGAAUGGACUCAUGGAAUUGGUCUUUAUGGUAUGUGGCAUUAUUAUGAAAUCACUGGUGAUGAAAAGAUCUUAGCUGAAAUCAAAAAAUGGUAUGAAGUUCAAAUCUUUGGUCCUGAUGGUUCAACUUCAAAAAACAUUAAUACCAUGUCAGUAUUUUUAUGUUUAGCUUACUUAUAUGAAAAAUUUGAAGAUCAAAGAUAUUUACCUUACUUAGAUUCAUGGGCUGAAUGGGCUAUGUAUGAUUUACCAAAAACUAAAUGUGGUGGUUUCCAACAUGCUACUUAUUUAACUGAUAAUUAUCAACAAAUGUGGGACGAUACUUUGAUGAUGACAGUUAUGCCUUUGGCUAAGAUUGGUAAAUUAUUAAACAGACCUCAUUAUAUCGAAGAAGCUAAGAAACAAAUGUUAUUACAUGUUAAAUACCUUGCUGAUCAUAAAUCUGGAUUAUUCUAUCAUGGUUUCACUUUUGAAGGUAACCAUAAUUUUGCUGAAGCUUUAUGGGCCAGAGGUAAUUCAUGGAUAACUAUAGUUAUUCCGGAAUUCAUUGAAUUAUUAGAAUUACCUCCUAAUGACUACUUAAGACAAUUCUUACUUGAAACCUUGGAUUGUCAAGUAUCUAAAUUGGUUGACUUACAAGAUGAUUCUGGGUUAUGGCAUACUUUAUUAGAUGAUCCAUCAUCUUAUUGUGAAUCAUCUGCCACUGCUGGGUUUGCUUUUGGUAUUUUAAAGAGUAUCAGAAAGAAAUACUUGGAUAAGAAAUAUUUACCUGUAGCUGUUAAAGCCGUCAAAGGAUUUUUAACUCAAAUAGACCCACAAGGAGAAUUGUUGAAUACAUCUUUUGGUACUGGUAUGGGAGAUGACUUACAAUUCUACAGAGAUAUUCCUUUAACGUCCAUGCCAUACGGACAAGCCAUGGCCAUUAUGGCAUUGGUUGAAUUUUCCAAACUUUAUUUAUAG